AUGGCCUGGCUCGGCUCACCCGUUCUACUGGAUCAGUAUUCAUACGACUGGUCGAAUCCUCGCCAAGCAGGCAGCAGCACACCGCCUCUGCGAACCCAGUCCUCGCCCGUCCCUCCCGUCGCGACGACCGUGACGCCGGUACAACUGUCCGAACGAUCUGCAUCCGCACCUCAGCACUCGUCACCUCUAUGCAGAUCGCCCUCUAUAUCUCUUGUAGACGACACGCCGGAAAUGGAGUUUAAGCUCUGGUGUGCAUCGCACUACGUGCCGCCGUCACUGACGGAAGACUUUGCGGCCUGCGGGGCGCACGCCCUGAUCCUGCACGAUAUACCCUUCGACGAUGGACGCUCCAAGUGCGUCGCGCUCCUGGCGGAAGAUGUCCUCGAGUCUCUUCCCCUCGUACCCGUCAAGCUCCCUCCGAUGGACCCGGUCCCAAGUCUCCCCUUCCGCAUCGAGCGUGCUAGCAACCUGAGCGGCACGCGCGUCUUUGCUUCAUGCGAUCUCGACGCAGGUGCUCUCAUCAGCGUAGAGCCCCCUCUAUCCGUCCUUCCGCUCGCUCUUCCGUCGCUCACGCCAAGUCCCUUUGACGCCAUCUUCGAGCGCAUGGACCCGGAUGUCCGCCAGAUCAUCGAAGGCACUACCGACAAGACACUCCGCAAGCGCCGCACACUCGCCGAGCACAUCCUCCGCACGCGCGGCAUCUGCAUCGAGCUCCGCGGCGAGCACGGACGCAUCGUCGGGCACACUGCAUUCUUCCUCAUCGCAAGCCAAGUCAGACACAGCUGCUCGCCUAACGCAGCCUACGUCUGGGACAGCAAGACUUUUACGCUGACCUUGCGCGCCGGACGACCCAUUGCCGCCGACGAAGAGAUCACGAUCGCAUAUGUCCCGUUGAUGCGCCCGCGGGUAGCACGACAGCUCAUCUUGCGCUCAUCGUACGGCUUCAAUUGUACCUGUCCGGCGUGCAUGUUGCCAGUGGCGGACAGUGUACGCAGCGACCAGGCGCGGAUCGAACUGUCGAAGUGGUGGGAACAGAGCGUGUCGUUCGAGAACUGGUUGGCGGAUGACGACCAGCCGCGAGACGCGCUCAUACUCGCACACGUACGCGCCUUGACUGCCCUCGACGCUGAAGGUCUGUUCGCGCCCAGAGCGAAACACUUGAAGUGA